ACCAACCAAGCUCUGUCUCUCUUUCUUGUCUAGCCAUGGCUGACAACGGCCAUGGCAACAGUUACUUAUCUUUUGGUUCAACAACCAGACAAGAAAACAUCGGUACAAUGCUAGCGUCUUUACGUAUCGAAAUUCGACCACAAGAACAAGGUGGAAGAGAUGUUCCAUUUAUGUUUCGUUCUUCCAGAUCAUCAACCACUUAUGGUGAUGGUGAUAGUGAUCAGAGUACUCCGAUGGUGAUUGACAGUGAAUCUGUAGAAGGAGGAGAAAGAGGAAGCAAUGAAAGAAGAAUAGAAGAGAGAGAUGGGUUUUCUUUUACAAGGAAAGAGAAUGAGGCUUCUGUUGAAGAAGCAAAGAGAAGAGAAGAUAUAGUGAAGGAAUAUGAUUUGGAUGGAUUGAAUUGUGCUAUUUGUAUGGAGCCUUGGAGAUCUGAAGGUGAUCAUCAAGUCAGCUGCCUUCCUUGUGGACAUUUGUACGGUUUUUCUUGCAUUUGUAAAUGGCUUCAACGACCGGUGCCUACUACGAAAUGUCCUCAAUGCAAUGCAAAGUGCAAAUUCAAGGAUAUUAGAAAGCUAUAUACAACACCAGUGGUAGUUAUUGAUGAAGGGCUACAAAAGAAAGUUGAAUCACUUGAGAAUGAAAUUGGCUCCCUUAAGACAGAGAAAUCUGAUUUGCUUGAUAUACAAGAUAACUUGCUCGAAAUACAAGAUAAUUUGCUCAAGUUAUUACGCAAACUCAAGGAAAAACCAGCUUGUACAGAGAACACAUCAUUUGAGCAGAUGGGAAGUAAACCUCAUCAAUUCUUUAAUCCAAAAGAAGCUCAGGGUGCACAAUCUGGAUUUUCCUGCGGCUCAUAUUCUUCCAAACAACUCCUCCAUUGCAACUUUAAAUUACAGCAUGAGUUGGCCAUAGAAGGUGGAAGGCUGUUUGCCAUGGACUUCUCUUAUCAAAAUCUGAUUCUCACUCGAAGAAUUGCUGGGAUGGGUGGGAUGCAUAUGCUCAACAAGGUUAACUUGAUUAAUCCUCGUGAAAAUGAAGAUAUACAGCUUCCUCCUAGCACCAAAGCUGUCAAGGAUAUACAAAUUUCUCCUUGUGGUAGACUCACCCUUUUGGCUUCACUUGGGAAGAAAUUAUCAAUACUUAGCAUGGAAAGCAACAAUAUUGUCGUGACCUAUAAUCUAAGGGUCCCAGCUUGGUCAUGUUCAUGGGAUCUAAACAGCCCUCAUUAUGUGUAUGCUGGCUUACAGAAUGGCAUGCUUUUAGUAUUUGACAUGCGCGGGACCCUGAAUCCUCUGCAGUCCAUGGUUGGACCAGUGCCUGGGCCAAUUCACACUAUGUACCCCCUUACACAAAACCUUGUUCUUGGUUCCAAUUCUCAGAAACUGCUUACAGCUUCCUCUUUGGGACUAUGCGUCUGGAACACUGAUACUGGAAAAAGGCCAUUUCUGGUUCCUGGAUUUGAAAAUCAAGGGAUGUGCACUUCACUUGCUUAUGGUCCAUUAAGCGAUGACAUUGUUGCUUCAUAUCAUCCCAAAUCCAAGAAAUCAAAUGCUACGGUUAAUUCCCAAUGUAUAGAUCCAGAUUUAUCCCCUUUUCCAGGAUCAGCCACACUGUGUUCUCAACUUCUUGUCAAGAGAAUAUCUGAUAGCCAUUAUCGUAACUUGGGAUCUACAUCUGCCUAUUUAAGCAAUGGUCACAUGGCAAGGACUGCGAUUAUAAACAUGCAGAAUUGCUUCCCCUUGUUUGCCUAUGGAGAUGAAGCAACCCGAGGAUUGAGGCUGAAGGAAUUACCAAGUUUCAAUGUGACCCAGAAUCUUAAACCACAUCAUCACCCCAUCCUUGAUGUGAAGUAUGCGCAUAACCAGGACACAGGUAUACUUGGCUCUGUGAGCGAAGACAAACUGCAACUUUUUUCCGCGGACCUGUUGCAAAAGAGGUAGAGACUUUUGGAGCACUUUCAAGGUCACUGUUUACAAUUUUCUCGAUGAGUCACAAGAUACAAGAGUAGUGAAUCUAAGUAUAUUCAAGCAUAUGCGAUGUUCAUGUAAAUAGAUAGCCAGUUAGAUUGUACAUGAUGUGUAUAUUAUAGUAGAAGGGAUACAUACAUCUUAGAAAAAAAUUUGGUGGGAGAGAUUAGCAGAAUUAGAACAAGUGCACAUUGCAAUUGUGCUUGAAUGUAUCCUGGGAUUCAAGCAAGUGGCUUUCGGUUUUGUUUUGUGACUUGACUCCUUGUUUGGUAUUUCAGGUGUUUCAAGCAUAUUUAUAA